AUGUCGUGCAGUAGAUUGCAACUGACACUGGCUAUUCUAAAGCCAGACGUCACUGCACGACCUCACAUUGUAAAGGAAAUAAAAAGCAUGAUAUUAAGGAAGAAAUUUUAUUUUGUCGAAAGUAAAAAAAUGAAACUGGCCCAGUCUGAGAUAGAAACAUUUUACAAAGAGCAUGAAGGAAAAUUCUUCCACAACAGACUUGUGAACUUUAUGAAUAGUGGAAGUAUUUGGGCCCAUAUUUUAGCUCGAGAAGAUUGUAUCAAAGAAUGGAGGAAACUGAUGGGACCAACUAAAGUUUUGAAAACUGUUUUUGAAGAACCUAAUUCUAUACGAGGAAAAUUUGGUUUAACAGACACCAGAAACUGUACACAUGGCUCAGAUUCUGAAGAGACAGCGAAAAGAGAAAUUAAAUUAUUUUUUCCUGAAUUUGACGAAGAAAAAUGGAGAGCCAAUGAUGAGGACUAUUUUAUAAACAAAAAAGUGAAAUUUGAUAGAAAACUUAAUGUCCAUGUUCCCAUGAAAGAUAGUUGA